AUGCGCGAGGGGCGGCUCCCUUCACAGGGGCGGCCCCUCGUACUCCGCCAGCGUUCUUCCGUAAACAGCCGCGGAGGGAUCCCCAGUGCUCCUUCCGCGGGGCCCCAGGCUGCUCACCCGCCUCCUUUCCUCUGGACCGCCCCCGGCGGAGGGCGGUGUCUCAUUAAAGAUGGCGGCGCCAGUGUCCGGGGCGCCACCCCGAAGCCCUCCGUCGGCCUCCGGGGCCGCUUUGCUUUGGUUCCUCCUGGGAGCGGGAAACGCGCGGCCCCGCCCCCGGCCCCGCCCCAGCGCCCGCCCCGGCUCGGGCUGACGCCGAGUGCAUGGAGCGGCAUGCGGCAGCCGGGCCGGGUGCCAGCGAGGCCCCCGGCCCCCGGGGCCCCGGACCUGGAGCUGGAGAGCCCGAGGUCUCAUGCUGUGGCGCUCCAGGCACGAAGGCCGAACAGAGAUUUGGGCCACCGGAUGCAUCCCCAACCUGGGAAGGCGGACACUUUCGGGCUUCCUCUCCAACUGAGCUGCUACUUUUUCUUUCCCCCAGGCUCCGACAAAACGGAAGCUGACGGUGGAAAGACUGAGGUUAUUGUGGCUAUUGUGACAGAACCUCGGUUUACACAGCAUUGCAGGAAAUAUCUCGAGAAGCACCAACUCCUGGAUAAGUGCCACCGUGUGAAGCAGCUGCCCGACGGUACCAUGGCGCUACCUGUUCUGGAAGAGGGCCUCACUGAGCAGCACCUGCAAGCACUGAGGCAGCAAGGGCUCCCCGAGAGCACCUACAGGCUGACGCACAUCCUGAACCCCCUUCCCUCGAAGAAAGCUCAGAAUCGUACUCCCGCCCAGAAGUUACGUCAGGAAGUGCGGCAUCUGGUGGAGGGCCAGGGGCACGUGUGGUCGGCCGAGCUAGAGAAAGAUCUUCCCCGCUCCUGGCAGCGUCAUGGUGACCUCCUCCUGCUCAGUGAGGAUAGCUUCAGAGCUGCCCAUUGGAAAAAACUGGAACCAGGCCUCUGGAAGACCGUCGCCUCUGCGCUAGGAGGCCAGCGUUUGGCAAAGCGGGGGCGUGUGUCACCAGGUGGGACUCGAGCUCCCAAAGUAAUCCUGCUGCUGGGUGCCCAUGGCUGGGUGGAGCAUGUGGAUAAUGGCAUCAGGUACACGUUUGAUGUGACCCAAAGCAUGUUCUCCUUUGGAAACAUCACUGAGAAGCUACGGGUAGCAUCAAUGACCUGUGCUGGAGAAGUGCUGGUGGAUCUCUAUGCAGGCAUUGGUUACUUCACCUUGCCAUUCCUGAUCCACGCAAAUGCUGCCUUCGUCCAUGCCUGCGAGUGGGACCCUCACGCCGCCGCCGCCUUGAGGAAGAACCUGGAGCUCAAUGGCGUGGCGGAUCGAUGCCAUAUCCACCUCGGCGAUAACAGGAAGCUGAAAUUAUGGAGCAUUGCUGACAGGGUGAAUUUGGGGCUCAUCCCCAGCUCUGAGGAGGGCUGGCCCACUGCCUGCCAGGUGCUACGCCAGGACACAGGGGGUAUCCUGCAUAUCCACCACAACGUGGAGUCCUUCCCAGGGAAGGAACUUCAGCUCCCCAGCAGCAGCGAGGCGGGGCAGAAGGAACAGAGAGCUGCCAGGAAUUCGGAAAGGCAGACACCGGCAAAGAUCGCCAAGCUAGAGUGGCGCAGGUGGGCCGAGGCUGUGGCUGCUCGCAUUGGAGUCUUGUUUCUGCAGCUGCACGGGAAGCCGUGGAAGAUCCAGAUCCUGCAUGUUCAGCCAGUGAAGUCUUAUGCUCCUCAUGUGGAUCAUGUGGUCUUGGAUCUGGACUGUCGCCCCAUCUCCUACUCUUCUGGUGAAGUCAUCGGUAAAGCUGAAAGGAGCUGUGGCCAGGGGCCCCAGGUCUGAGGCCUGGGGUCCAUCUGGCCAACAAUUCUGAAGUCAGCGACUUGCUCCCUCUUCUUGCCCCCUUCCCCCUGAAGGGGAGGUUCCCCCCUGGGAGCGGAUCUUUUAUGUUUUUAUAAGGAAUUUUUAAAGCGACUGGUUAUUCGAAUAUCUCUUCCAAGGGCUCGGUGUAAAUGUGAGACUGAGCGCCGUGGGCGCCAGAGUCUUGUCUUCCGCUCUCCUCUUCCACUAAUCAUGAGGAAUUGUCUUAUUUAUAAACCUAGCAAAGGCAAACUAGCUUGUUGACCCGAGUGUGACCUGCAGAGCCUUGGGUUCCGCAGUUUGGCCUUAGCUCCGUCUGUGUGGCCGUGCACUAGCUUCUGCUCUGUUGGACUGUCUGGGUCUCCUCAUCUCCAAGAUGGGGUUAUCUCUGAACUACCUCAUGUAGCUGUUGUCUAAGGAGUUGGAGUUUUUGGCGAGUUUCUUAGAAAUAUUCCAGUGAUCUUAGAAUUGGACGGGCAGCUCUAUCUGUCCCGUGAAGAGCUUUGGAUCGCCCUGGGGAUGAAGCCCUUGGUGCCGCUUCCGAUAGUUGGCAUAUAGUGGCUCUAGAGUGGGGAAGGGGUGGGGUGGCGGGUGGACUUGGUGAAUGAGCCAGAGCACUCUUUGCCUGAGUGGACCAAAGCGACGUCAGGUCUCGUCAGUGCUUGUCCUCGGCCCUCCUUUGUGACGGCUCGUAACUUUGAUCUUCCGAAUAGCUUCUCAUUUUGGCUGCCCGGCAUGCGAAUGCUGCUAGAAACUUGCUGAUCGUGCUUGGUUUCUUGGGAGCGAGUGCCGCGUUUUCAGGACAGCUUUGUAUUUCUUAGGGCUCUUUGGCUGGACUCCCCACUAAGGGCCCGGACUUCUCCCCUUGUGACUCCCCAAGUGCUCUCCAGUCAGUGUGGGGCCAGCUGGAUUUCAAAGCAAUGCACUAUGAUCUCCCUUCUCUGCUUGUUUAGAGUCCCAGUAGCAGGACCCUGCACCGAGAAAAGGGCUAAAAACGGUCAUGGUACAGGGAUGGUAGAAGUAAGGGAGUCCCCCGAGCUCUACUUUUCCGCUCAUGGAGACUCAUGGAAUCUCUUAAGUCAGGGAAUUGAAGCUCCAUUUUGUCUGAUGUGCCCUUCCUGCCCCUGCUUGUGAUCUCUCCCCCACUGUUCCCGCGGUCCCUGCCACGGGAGGAGAGAGGGGCAGCUCAGGAGCCGUCCAUUGAAUCGGUCGCUCCCUCUCUCCGAGAGGGCCUCGUGCUCUCCCGUUCCCUCAGGCUGGCGUCGGCACCAGGCAGAGAUCCUCAUUCGGGGACUCCAGCGAUCGUGACAGGUUGUGGGUAAGAGGUUAGUUUGUUACCGAGAAGCGCUACAUUGGCUUCUUUUGAGGAAGGUGAUGGAGUCACGAGGUCAGCUGCUUUAUUACUUUUUUUGUCAGUGUCCCACAGGAAGCUCUAGCGCUUUCAUCUUUACUCUUCAUCCAGGCACUUUGUAGGUCUCUGCUGGGUGGGUUUAAAGGGAACAAAGUAUCAGCAACAAAGUUCAAAUGUAAGGCGAUUGGUUUCAUUUUUGUAUUCUAGCUUCGUGUGCACAUAGUAAGUACUUAAUAAAUGCUUAAUGACCA